AUGGCCAGCCGAGCAGCCAACAACCGGCUCACCCGCGAAUACAAAACCAUCUCCGCAAACCCCCCGCCCUACAUCACCGCCCACCCCUCCGAGUCCGACAUCCUCGAAUGGCACUACAUCCUCACCGGCCCCCCUGAUACGCCCUACCACAAUGGCCAAUACUGGGGUACCCUCAUCUUCCCCCCCAGCUACCCAUUCGCGCCCCCGGCCAUCCGCAUGCACACCCCUUCCGGCCGCUUCCAACCCUCCACGCGCCUUUGCCUCUCCAUAUCAGAUUUCCAUCCCAAGAGCUUCAACCCGGCGUGGGAAGUCAGCACGAUCCUCAUCGGCCUUCUCUCCUUCAUGACCUCGGAAGAAAUGACCACCGGCUCGGUCGGCGCUACAGACGCAGAACGCAAGUGGGCCGCGCAAAGAAGCAGGUGGUGGAACUCUACAGGUGGCGGCUCCCACGCUUCUAUCACUGGGAAGCCCGGCCACAGAGGAAACGUCAAGGCUGGAGACGGUGGUGUCAAGUUCAGGAGCGAGUGGGAAGAUGUGGAUAAGGAGAACUGGGCGUGGAUGAAGGAGAACAAGGUCGACCUUGCGACGGGAAACUCGGUGCUGAGCGAGAAGGAAGAGGGGGAUAAGCAGUGUGGACCGGGCAAGGGGGGGCUGAGACGGCCGAAUGGGAGUCAAGCGUUGGCGGGUGCUGUGGUCGACGGUGGGAGAGCAGUCGGUGAUGAAGGAAGGGGCUGGGUGAGGAGGAAUAAAUUGUUAUUAUUUGGUGCUGUGGUCUUCACGUAUGUGUUGAUUGCGAGACUACUUGGUGAUGGGAAAACUCACUAG